AUGGACGGCGUCAAGACACGUUACGAUCCUGUCGUCAUUCCCCGCUCUGCUAAGACUAGAAAGUUCGACGUCUUCAUUGUCGGGUUUGACCACUGCCUCUAUCAUCGCGGAUGGCUAGCUGGCCAGGGAUGGGCAAAAGACUGGACCAAGAUUGCUACCAACUGCCUUGGCCCACCAGCCAUAGUCUCUCGUGACAGCGACAAGUUCAUCGAGCUUGCCUACGUCGGUACGGAUCACUCGCUCAAACACAAGCGAUUAGAGGAGAACCAAACAUGGUACCCUGCCGGUACCGAAACCAUGGAUUGGGGUGGCAAGUAUAUUUAUAACCGUGGUUCUGCAUGUAGCUGGAGUACCGACCAUGUCAGCUUCUUCUUCAUCGGUAUGGAUAGUAAAUGUUACGAGAAGCGUUGGGUGAGGGGUAUUGAGGGAUGGAAUGAUUUCGAACUCCCAGGAACCUGGACUAUCCCUCCGCGAGCACUCUCACAGUACAAAGACGAACAAAAAAUGACCGUCUAUGGAUUGAAUGAGGAGAGCAAGCUCUUCUAUUGCGGACGUACCGGCGCAGGGGAUGUUGGUGGAUGGAACCACACCGUUUUCGACGACGGUACUUACUCGAAAGAGAUACCGGAGGCCGUCUCAUUUGGAGAUUCUGGUCAGAGAAUAGAUGUAUUCGUUGUUGGGCUUGACAGCUCCGUCUACCAAAAAACUUGGACAAAGGCAACCGGCUGGAAAGAUGCGAAGAAAAUUGGAGGCAACACCAUCUAUGCCCCGAGAGCGGUCAGUUGGGGGGACAGCAGUGUGACCAGAUACGACUUGUUUGCUGUUGGUCGAGACUUCUCGAUGUGGCAUUUGUUUAGUAACGAUGGAGAUAAAUGGUUGCCCGGCGAUGCCACCUGGGAAAGUUUAGGAGGCAAGACGGCAACGAUGGCUGGUGGCAGAGUUUGA